CCAAUUCCUCACGCUGCUAUGGUUGACACACGAGUCUCUUCUUCUUCUUCUUCUUAUUUAUAGGGAGUGAGAAAGAGAGAUUGAUACAUUCUAGAGAGAGAGAGUAAUGGCGAGAAUCGAUGGAAUGGUUGUGUUGGUAUUGGCAGCAUUGGUUGUAUCGACAUGGGUACCGAUGUCUCACUGUUCGAAGAAACCAGUAGGAGCUGCGAGAAAAGAGGACAUACCCUACAUUAAAUGCCAGGUCUGUGAAAAACUCGCAAAUCAGUUGUAUCAACAAGUUCAGGCCAAACAAGCUCAGAUCUCCCCCAAGAAGAUAUCAGAGUAUCAAAUAAUUGACAUAGCAGAGAACCUUUGUAAUUUGAAGAAGCAAGAAGCUGAUUGGAUUCUGAAAAUUGAUAUAGUAGAACAGGGAGACAAAUUGGUGCUUGUUGAACAAGACUCUGAAGGGCAAUGCAAUUCAAAAUGCAAAACAAUUGAGCGGGCUUGUGAAGAGGUCAUGGGGUACUCUGAUACUGAUGUUGCAGAAUAUCUAUACCAAAAGAAGCCUCAGAUUGAUUCAUUGACUCAUUUCUUCUGCAAUGACCUUAGUAAAGCAUGCAGUGUGAAGCCACCACCAGUUCCUAAGAAUAGAACUCCAGGAGAACCCUUUGUCCCGAAAUCAGCAAAAGAGGCUGAAAUGGAAAAGAUGUUGAAAUCCAUGGAGGGUAUGCCAGGAGCUCCCGGUAUGAAAAUGUAUUCAAGGGAAGAUUUGAUGAACAUGAAAAAUUUUGGCAGUGAAGAUGCAGAUGAAGAUGAUGAUGACGAUGAAGAGGCAGACUUUCCCUCCAAAUUGAAAAAAGUUAUGAGGGAGAAAGAGAGUAUGAAGAGUGAUUGGAAACAAACAAUCACUAGAAAAAUUGCAGACACCGGGGCAGUACUGAAGAAACAUGCAAUCAAUGUCCAUCACCGGAUACGGGGACCGUGGAAAAGAUUAAAAGAAAGUUUUUGGAAGAAGAACUCAAAGUCCAGCAAACCCGAGCUUUAGAGCUUAAAACACUUUUGUAGGAGUAGCAGCAGAGGCAAUAUUUUUUGUUCCUAGGAUUCUUAGUUUCUGUUUGACAUUUUAAAAAAGGUUUAUUCACACUUUAAAUAGCAAAUGAGAAAGAAACUGUUGGUUUAUCUUCUGAAACUUUUGAUUGUUUGGUCACUUUUGGGAAAUUCAUCAGUCAACCUGAUUCUCAUUUGUGCUGUCUUCUCCUAAAAGAAUUUGCAUAGAAUGCUAUCUAUGAUUCUAUUUUUACUUGGAAA